AAUAAACACAAGAUUUCUCGGCAAGCAAUAUCGAGUUAGCUUAACAAAAAAUCGUAAGUUGGCAUCUCUUAAAGUUUUUCCAAUUAGCACAAAACAGCUGAUGCAUUGACAAGGGAGGAAACAAGUGUAAUGACGUUUAAACUGUCAUCUAAUAAGCCAUCAAAUUAGAUCGAUAAUAUAUUACGGAAAAGUGCGAGGAAAAUUCCGGUUAGAUGAAAAUAUUGACAAAAAAAUUAAUAAGCAGUACAUGAAUGCGCUAAUGAAAAGUGUGUUUAAACAUUUAGCAACCAAAGUGUAAUUCAUACAAAAUGGGCGAAACUGCACCAAUGCCUUCGCCAAGCACCCAAGAGGUAGCAAGUACAAGUGUUUCAACCAACAACGAAACGAUUACGCAGCAACAGCAGCAGCCUUUGAAGGUGAAGGUGCUGAUUAUUGGUGCAGGCAUGGCAGGACUUUCAGCCGCAAAUCAUUUUCUUCAUAAUGGAUGCAAUGAUUUUCGCAUUCUUGAAGCACGUAGUCGGAUCGGCGGUCGUAUUAUAUCAAUACCGCUGCGUUCACAAAGAAUCGAACUUGGCGCCAAUUGGAUACACGGUGUUUUGGGCAAUCCGAUUUUCGAGAUUGCCGUACAACACGGUCUAGUCAGCGUAGUUAAUAUACCGAAACCACACACGGUUAUUGCCACAACAGAGGAUGGCAAUCAGGUUCCUUUCAACAUUUUGCAAGAGAUUUACGAGGCAUAUGUGUGUUUUCUGCGACGAUGUGAUGAGUAUUUUAUGUGUCAAUAUAGCCCACCCCCGGAUAUAAAUAGCGUUGGCGAGCAUAUAAAUUACGAAAUUGAAAUUUACUUAAGUUCUGUGCAGGAUCCGAAGGAGAAGCGCUUAAAACAAUUGAUCUUCAAUUGCUUGUUAAAGCGUGAGACUUGUAUUACAGGCUGUACUAAUAUGAACGAAGUGGAUCUGCUAGAAUUAGGCAGCUACACAGAAUUGCAAGGCGGAAACAUUGUACCACCACAAGGCUACAGUUCUAUAUUGCGACCGCUCUCGACGCCUAUACCUAAAGAGGCAAUCAUUACUAAAUGCCCGGUAAAGAAAAUUCAUUGGAAACGAAAAAAGACAAUUACCGGCCUGGAGACGGUGGAUGAGAAUUCUGAAGAUGAUGAUUCAGAUGAUACCGAAAAGACAGUUACUGAAGUUCCGGCAGCAGGAGCUCUAGCAGCGUCAGCAAUAAAGCCUAAUAUUGAUGUAUUACGUGAAAAAUCGACUGAGUCAGAUGAGAACUGUGAUUCGAGUGGCAAUUUAAUUGAUGCUGCUGUCAGAGUAGACUGUGAAGAUGGCCAAACCUUUUAUGCUGAUCAUGUGAUAUGUACCAUACCGUUAGGUGUGCUUAAAUCAACACACAAAACACUCUUCACACCUGAAUUACCACAUUACAAACAAGAGGCAAUUGAAAAUUUAAUGUUUGGCACUGUUGAUAAAAUUUUUCUUGAAUACGAUCGUCCCUUCAUGAGCACAUCCAUUUCGGAAAUAAUGUUAUUAUGGGACGACGAAAAGUAUGAUUUGCAUCUUUCGGACGAAGAACGCAAUUCAAAGGAGUAUUUAAGCAAGAAUUGGUACAAAAAGAUUUAUUCUUUCGCCAAAGUUUCUGAAACGUUACUUCUUGCUUGGGUUUCUGGACGUGAGGCUGAAUACAUGGAGACGUUGUCGCACGAAGAAGUUGCAGAAAAGUGCACAGAAAUAUUGCGUGCAUUUCUAAAAGAUCCAUAUGUGCCGAAACCCAAGCUUUGCGUAUGCACAAGUUGGAAGUCGCAGCCCUACACUUGUGGCUCAUACACAUCGAUACCUAUUGGUGCAACGCAAGAGGAUAUUGAAUUGUUAGCGCAGCCACUUUACGUCAACCCACAAGCACAGAAGCCUGCAGUAGUGUUCGCCGGCGAGCAUACACACUCCAAUUUUUAUUCAACCGUACAUGGUGCCUAUUUGACUGGUCGCACUGCCGCUCAGUACAUACUUUCUACAGAUGAACCGAUCGAAGUCGUUAUGGAAGCUGACUCCAGCGAUUUGAGCUCUUGGAUACAAGGCAUUUCGCUGGAAUAAAAAGUCUCACUUACUCCCACACAUACCAAAACGUCAUAGUGGAAUGCUAAACAAACGCAAUGAAAGUGUAAUGAAGUGAGCCAGUGUCGCAUUGAGAUAUUGCAUUACGUUUAAGUUUAGCACAUUUGUAAGCUUCUAUUAAACCCUUAACAAUUUGCUAACAAGCUACAGCCGUGUGUAUAUAGUUAAUUUAAGCGUAUUAUAUUUAAGAUUAUUGUGUUUUCUAUUUAUCGAUACCGACUAAUAAUGCCUCAAAAUGUUUGUUUUAUUUUCAAAAAUCAUAUUUAAUUCCUGCUUUAGCAAUUAACUAUGCUUAAGUACUUUUAUAAAGUGCGAUAUUCGUGAUAUGCAUACAAAUAGAGAGUAUGACAGCAGAAAAUAAUGGCAAUAUUUUAUUACUUUUACAUAUUUUUUAUAUAACUACAAAAGUCGCAAAUAUAGUUAUUUGCACAUUUAAUAGCAGUGCUAGUUUUUUUCACAAAUUAAUGGUAAACUCUUUGAAGUAUUUUAUCCAUUUAAUUUCUUUAUUAUUAUUUUUUUGUUCAUCCUGCCAAAUCAUGUUUAUACAAACUUCAAUAUUUUGUAGCGUUUACUUUAUAAUACUUUGAGUAAAUAUCUUUUAUGUAUUUAUUUUGCAAAAUAAACUGUCCAUUGUAAUUUAUCUCGUUUUAGUUUUUAUUUCGUACUUUUUAGGAAAUAAACAUUAAGAUUUGUUAACACUUUUAAUAUUUGUGUAUCUAUGUAGGAAAAAACUGAUAUUAUAUAUUUGUAAGGUAAUGAAAUACUUUAAAAUUGAUUGAAUCAUAUAAUUGACAAUUCAAUGCUCCUAUUCAGUAUAUUUGCCUGUAUUUUCAAAUAUAGUUUUAACACUAUAGACCGUAGUAUUAAGUAAGGGUAGGUAAACUUACAAAAAGCGCGAAACUAAGCGAAAGUUCAUUGUUGGAUCGUUAUUUAAGUUAUUUAAUAAUAUUUAUUUAGUCACAAAUAUGUACAUGCAAUAUGCAUACAUACUUCACAUAGUAUGAUAUGCAUACAUACAUACAUUACUCUUAAUAACUGCACAAGUAUGAAUUGUAGAAUAUGGUCCCUGCGCGUGUAUACUUUUUGACAAAUGCGUUUCGAAAAAAAGUUAAUUAAGUUGGCGAGUUUGUGUCUUGAAUGAUCAAAGUAGAAAAUAAAAUGUCAAACUAUAUUUUUAUUGUCAGCAAUGUUAUAGCAAAGAUAUUGGCCUAAAAGAAUAACAAAAUGUAUAAGGGAAAUGCAAAUAUACUUAUACCUACAUAUAUGUAUGUAUGAAUGUAUGUAAAAGCGCUGACUAUUUGUAACGCAUUUUGAAUCGAUUGUUUGUGUUAAAAACAGUAGUGUCUAAAACUAAUUAUUGCUGCGAGUUCUUUUUUCGUUAUAUUAAUACAAAAACAAAAUAAGUGUAGCGAUAUUUAUAUACAUAUGUAUAUAUAUAUUUCCAUAUUAUGCAAGAAAUAUGUAAAUCCAAACGUUUUAAUCUUCGCCGAAAUUAUUUAUUUGACGCCACAAAUACAUAAUAAACGAAUUAAAGUGUAAUAAAA